GAUUGAGUAGAAGAAAUCGUUCAGUGAAGGGAAGCCAGCAGUUUGCUCCGCGUUGAAGAGAUCGAGAUCCGAUUCCCAACUGCACGCAGAGGACGAAGGUUUCCGUGGGUUUUUCAGUCUGGUUUUCGAAGCCCUCGCUGCUGCAGGGUCAGAGCAGAACUGCCUUCUCCGAGCGGCUUUCCUGUGCUGGUUGUAGCUCAGAGAUCGCCUCCCCCCUCCUCGCACCAUUUCUGUUGGUGUUGUUUUUGUUUGGUUGGUUUAGCUUUAUUUUUCCCUCCCCUUUUUUAUUUUUUUUUUUCCCUUCGUUUAUUAUUAUUAUUAAUUAUUUGAUUUGAUUUGGGUAAAUUCCCUUCCUUAAACGAAAAUACAAACUCUGCGGUGGAAAUCCAUGCCCCCCUGCCAUUCGGAAGAAUCGGGUCUAAUAUGCCAGUGACAUCCCCGCCUUGCAGCAGUCGCGAUGAAGGAAAAAUCCAAGAACGCGGCAAAGACUAGACGGGAAAAAGAAAAUGGAGAAUUCUACGAACUGGCCAAACUCCUACCCCUGCCCUCGGCCAUCACCUCGCAGCUGGACAAGGCGUCCAUCAUCCGCCUCACCACCAGCUACCUGAAAAUGCGAGCAGUCUUCCCCGAAGGUCUGGGCGACGCCUGGGGACAGCCGAGCAGGGUCGGACCCCUGGAUAACAUGGCCAUGGAGCUCGGAUCCCACUUGCUCCAGACUUUGGAUGGCUUUGUGUUCGUCGUGGCGUCCGACGGCAAAAUCAUGUACAUUUCUGAGACAGCAUCAGUGCACCUCGGCCUGUCCCAGGUGGAGCUCACUGGAAACAGCAUUUAUGAGUACAUCCAUCCCUCGGACCACGACGAGAUGACUGCAGUCCUCACUGCCCACCAGCCUCUUCAUCCUCACCUCCUGCAAGAAUAUGAAAUCGAGAGAUCCUUUUUCCUGAGGAUGAAGUGUGUCCUGGCCAAGAGGAAUGCAGGGCUGACGUGCAGUGGCUACAAGGUGAUCCACUGCAGUGGCUACUUGAAGAUCCGUCAGUACAUGCUGGAUAUGUCCCUGUACGAUUCCUGCUACCAAAUCGUGGGGCUGGUGGCCGUGGGGCAAUCUCUGCCCCCCAGUGCAAUCACUGAGAUCAAGCUCCACAGCAACAUGUUUAUGUUCAGAGCCAGUUUGGAUUUAAAGCUGAUAUUCCUCGAUUCCAGGGUCACAGAAUUAACUGGAUAUGAACCCCAGGAUCUGAUAGAAAAAACCCUCUACCACCACGUCCACGGCUGUGACGUUUUCCACCUGCGCUACGCUCACCACCUGUUGCUGGUGAAAGGCCAAGUGACCACCAAGUACUACCGGCUGCUGUCCAACCGUUCGUCACGGCCUCACUGCAUAGUGAGUGUCAAUUAUGUCCUUACAGAUAUUGAGUACAAGGAACUUCAGUUGUCACUGGACCAGGUUACCAUUUCCAAGUCACAGUUUUCAUGCAGAAACUCAGUACCUACCUCGCAGGAAACAAGGAAAAUAGUAAAACCCAAAAGUAAUAAAAUGAAGGCAAAACUCAGAACAACACCUUACCCACCACAGCAGUACAGCUCGUUCCAAGCAGACAAACUGGAGUGCAGCCAGGUGGGGAGCUGGCGCUCCAGCCCCGCCGCCAGCGCCGCCGCCCUGCAGGAACAGAACUUCCAUUCAGAGAGCAGCGAGCUCCUGUACGCCCCUCCCUACAGCCUGCCCUUCUCCUACCACUAUGGACACUUCCCUGUGGAUUCCCACGUCUUCAGUGGCAAGAAGCAAAUGCUGCCUGCAAAAUUCGGGCAGGCCCAAGGGGCGCCCUGCGAGGUGGCGCGGUUCUUCCUGGGCGCGCUGCAGACCAACGGCGAGUGCCAGUGGCACUAUGCCAACUCGCUGGUGCCCAGCAGCCAGUCACCCUCCAAAAACCUUCCUGAGCAGCCAGUCAACAUCAUCAGGCACAACCUGGCCCAGGGUUAUGAAGUCCCACUGCCCAACAGGAGGUACGGCCAGGACGCUCUGCCCGAGGCCUUCCCGAGCUGCACGGCGCCCGUGCCGGGCAGGUACAAGGAGGAGUUUUACGACUCCGGCAUCGUGAAACACAACAAACCCGAGCCCAGGCUCCAGCCCCCAGCCCACCUCAUCAAAGAGGAGCACAAGCUGCCUUUCCACAGAGACCCGCAAGGAAAGAUGAGCGUCAGCGAGGGCUCUUUUCCCAGCGCGCUGCUGCCCAAAUCCGAGUGCUGCCAGGCCAAGGCCGUGGGACAGCUGGGCCACCUGCUGCCCGUGCCCUCGGUCUACGAGCAGGGCAGGAGGAUUUGUGUCAAAGACCCCAAACUGGGGCACAUCAGCCACCAGCCGGGCAGCCUGGAGGAGCUGGAGGGCGAGAGGAUGAGCGCGAAGCUCGACCACGGGGCGGAGGGCGAGCGGCUGAUGGAGGUGAGGCCUUCGGGGCAGGUGCCCCUGGUGCUCCUCAAUUACCACCACGUGCUGGCCAAGCACGGCGCCUUCCCGAGCUCCCCCUGCACGGCCACGGGACACGCGGGAGAAAACUACCCCUACGGCUCGGAGGAGGUCAACGCCUUCAUUUACAAAAACCAAAGCCCCUCCUCGGCCUCCUCUCCAGAAAGCCACAAGGAAUCUGCACUACCCCACUACAUUGGGACUUCUGUCAUCAUCGCCAACGGCAGGUGACGGCAGCACGGGAGGGGUUUUGUGUUUUAACGAAGAAGCCAAACUGGAAUGAUUUGCAGGAAAAAAAGAC